GGGAUGCGAGGGGGGCAGGAGCCAGCGCGUUGGCAACCCGGGCGAAGGAGACUCAGAGAGCGAGGCGCCGCGGGAGGGGGCGGGUGUGGAGGCUGAGGCACGACCCCGAGCACGGAGAGGCAGGACGGAGAACGCCCCUGGCCAAAGACCACCCCCGGGGAGACCCCCAGUAGGGACAGGGGCAGAGAGACGCCUCCAGGGGCAGAAACCCUAGGAGGCAAAUACCCCCGGGAGAUAUUUCGCCCGCCCCAGACGGAGAGCGCCGCCCAGAGUGGGACGAGGACAGAAGGUCAGAGGACAACGCCCCCCAUGUGGCCUGGGAGACCCCGAAGCGACCCCGGGGACGGCAGGCGGCAUGUGUGGGCCAGGGCGACCUCUUCUUGGUCCGCGGCGAUGGGGACACGGGCCCGGCAGGGCCUCCUCUUUCUCCUCCUCCUCCGCCCGCUGCUGCCGCCACGCGGGGCCUCCGCAGGGAGCCUGCAUAGCCCAGGCCUGUCCGAGUGCUUCCAGGUGAAUGGCGCCGACUACCGCGGCCACCAGAACCGCACGGGCCCGCGUGGGGCCGGCCGUCCCUGCCUCUUCUGGGAUCAGACGCAGCAGCACAGCUACAGCAGCGCCAGCGACCCCCAGGGCCGCUGGGGGCUGGGUGCUCACAACUUCUGUCGGAACCCCGACGGAGACGUGCAGCCGUGGUGCUACGUGGCCGAGUCGGAGGAGGGCAUCUACUGGCGCUACUGCGACAUCCCCACGUGCCACAUGCCCGGGUACCUGGGCUGCUUCGUGGACUCGGGGGCACCCCCGGCCCUCAGCGGCCCUAGUGGCACCUCCACGAAGCUCACGGUCCAGGUGUGCCUUCGCUUCUGCCGCAUGAAAGGCUACCAGCUGGCGGGCUUGGAGGCCGGCUACGCCUGUUUCUGUGGCUCUGAAAGCGACCUGGCCCGGGGACGCCCGGCCCCGGCCACCGACUGUGACCAGAUCUGCUUCGGCCACCCGGGCCAGCUGUGCGGCGGCGAUGGGCGCCUGGGCAUCUACGAAGUGUCCGUGGGCUCCUGCCAGGGGAACUGGACCGCACCUCAGGGCGUCAUCUACUCCCCGGACUUUCCGGACGAGUACGGGCCGGACCGGAACUGCAGCUGGGCGCUGGGCCCGCCGGGCGCCGCGCUGGAGCUCACCUUCCGCCUCUUCGAGCUGGCCGACCCACGCGACCGGCUGGAGCUGCGCGACGCCGCCUCGGGCAGCCUGCUCCGCGCCUUCGACGGGCUGCAGGACGCCGCCGAGGACUGGGUGGCCCCCAAGGGCUCGGCCCAGACCCCCGCAGCGCCCCCCGACGGGGCCAACGUGAGCUGCAGCCCCAGGCCUGGGGCUCCAGAAGCUGCGAUGGGGGCCCGGGUCUUCUCGACGGUGACGGCCGUCUCAGUGCUGCUGCUGCUGCUGCUGUCGGUGCUGCGCCUGCUGCGCCGACGGAGCUGUCUGCUGGCUCCAGGAAAAGGGGCCCCCGCGUUGGGUCCUUCCCGAGGCCCUGGGAGAAGCUUGGCCGUGUGGUACCGCCGGCCUCGAGGGGUGGCCCUGCCCUGCCCCCCCGGGGACCCCCAGGCUGAGGGUCUAGCCGCGAGUUACCGGCCCCUGAGCGCCUCCAGCCAGAGUUCCCUGCGCUCACUCAUCUCUGCUCUCUGACUCGGGACCCCCAGGGUCCACUGAACCCUCCGCCGGCGGGAUGGACACCUGAGACGCUAUGCCGCACUCGGCCU